GCGCUUUCACGUGACUCCGCGCCCAACACUUCGUCACUCAUCUCAGUUGACUCUUGAUGAACCACAUGCAUCACGCCUUUGCUCUAUUUCGCCAUCAGGAGACAAUUUCCAAGGACGCAGAGGAUAAUUCGUUGUAAAGAGUGAGAACUCAUCCAAGUCAAGAUGCCCGCUGAUGCUGAUGAUGCGAAACUCUCCUUGCGAUUCAAAUACGGCAUACACACAAUCUUCCUCUUUGUCGAUGCCCUGGACACGUUCUCAGCCGUUACCGAAGAACUACUGGGAGCUCUAAGAGAGAGAUACCCUGCCGGUCUAACAAAGUCAAGCUCAGCGCCAGAGAAGAAGACGCCGAUACCAAACUCGAACUCAAGUGUCCUGUACGGCGUUCUCCGGGUGCCUACCGAUCCCUCCAGAGGAUGGAAGGCGUUGAAUGUUGGAGAGGAUGCUUUCGGCACUGUGACAGAAGCCGGACUAAAGGACAAUAGCAUCGUUGCGUUCAUGUUUGAUGACGAGGAUCCCCAUAGAAAGAAUUUGGCGUUUCCGGUGGAGUGGCCACAGGAGGACGAGGAGCUUUACGAUUAGAGGGCUUGAUACGCAUGAGAGUCUAUUCGGCGCUGCUUCUCAUUAACUGCAUACCCGUUUGUUUAUCGCGUCACGUCUGUUCGCUUUUGUAGACUAGUGAGUCAUACAUAAUACCACUUUGUAUUUGACUUGUC